AUGGGUUCCACAACCAGAUACGUACGCAACGAAGACGGCACUAGACACCCGCAUCCGAGGAAGCCCUGGGACCGAGAUGGCCCCGCUCGACCCGAGGACCCGAGGUCGUUUGCCAAAUACACCCAAACGUGGAAAAAGGUGGUAGUGUAUGUGCUGGGGCUGAGGGCUGUAACGGCUGUUCUGGCCAAGGAACCCGGCUGCGAGGAUAUCAAGAUCCUUUGCUCGUUAACCGAACAGCAGAAGGAGGCAGACGAGCGACUCGCCAACACCACGCCUGACGAAGAUGUUUUCCAGCCCUUCAUGAAGUUUUCGGCGGAGGUACACGCAGCCCACAUCAUCACGGUGGCCGGCCCUCUACAUGUUGCUUCUCAAGCGCGGUGUGUGCGAUGCUAA